UCCUUCUCCCUGCCGUUCCCUCUUCUUCCCUUUCCCGGCUUUCCUCUCCUCUCCGCCAUACUUCCCGCUCCCCUCCCACCUCCGCUUUGACCGCCUCCCCCCAUAUCUCCCUCCGCCUCUCUCUCCCUCCCUCCCUACCACCCGCACGAACACACGCGCAGAACGAUGUCAAUGUGGCGCUUCUCCCGCUCCGUCCUCCGCGCCGCAACCGCGGCCGCCUCGGCCCCCGCGUCGCCGUGCGGGCGAUCCGCCGCGCGCCGGCUGUACCCGCCCCCCGCCCUGCAGCGAUUUCGCUACGCGUCGCAGCCGGCGGCGGAGGCGGCCCUGGGGAAGGACCCGGAAGCGGAGGUGACGGCGGAGGAGGCGAGGCGGCUGAUGCGGCUGGCGAACGUGGAGGCGCUGAAGCGGCGGCUCGGGGACGGCGAGGUGAUCCAGUACGCGGAGCUGCUGCGCGCUUGCGAGGACACUGGAGCUGCCCGGACGCGCGCCGAGGCCACCGCGCUCGCUGGCGCGCUCGACGAGGCCGGGGUCGUGCUCCUCUUCCGCGACAAGGUCUACCUCCAACCUGACAAGAUUGUGGAUCUUGUAAGAAAAGCUAUGCCCCUUGCACUGACACCCGAGGAUGAUCCCAGAAAGGAAGAGCUCAAGCAGCUCCAGACAAAGUUGGAAGAUAUCAACAAGCUCGCACACAAGCAAGUCCGACGUAUCCUCUGGUCUGGACUAGGGUUCUUGAUCACACAGGUUGGGCUCUUCUUCAGGCUCACCUUCUGGGAGUUCUCAUGGGACGUCAUGGAGCCCAUCACAUUCUUCACAACUACGACAGGACUGGUUGUAGGGUACGCAUACUUCCUCAUCACAUCAAGGGACCCGACAUACCGAGACUUCAUGGAGAGGCUGUUCCAGUCUCGGCAGAGGAAGUUGAUCCAGAGGCAGAACUUCAACCUGGAGAGGUACCUGGAACUCCAGAGGUGCUGCAAAGAUCCUUUGGAGAAGAUGUGGGGCACAAGCCAUUUUUCGAGUACUGACAUUGCUCAUCUCCACGAGUUGUCCGUUCAGAAAUGACAGCCUCCCUUCGCUCUAAACACUAAUCUACAGUGCUCUUAUUCAUCUUUGAUUCUUUUGGGGUAAUGAUAAAAAUAUAUUAACAAAGCUGAUUUUUCUUGCACUUGUCAGGUAGACCUAUUUCUUCGGAACCUUUUCAUGGUCUUCUCCUACGCAAGUGUCUAGGCCAGUAACUCAGUGUAACUAUACUCUUUUUUGUAUAAUUCUGAAGCACAAGCAGCUGAUGCUUGGAACUUGCCAAGAGCUGUAUAACGCGGCAGCUGCUGCUAAUCAACAGUGUUAUGUGAUCCAGUUGUUUUUAGUACUUCUGACUGAUACCUGAUCUCUUGGGCCUGAGUAAUUUUCUUUGUUGAUGCCUUGAUGGCAUAUCUGAAAGAGUAGUAUUUUCUCUUGGUAAACUUUUAGUGUUUAUUUCAGUGUUGACUUGAAUACCAAGACUUUACCAAGGUAUACCAUUCUCCAA